AUGGAAGAAGACGUGGCGAACUCUUGUGAGCAGACACCAACAAAUUCAACCUAUGGGACGCCUGUUCGUGUGGCGUCUCCGAGCGCUCAUAGUGAUGUCAUAGAUGACGUCAUUUGUGGAACGACAACCGUCGAGAAUUCAUUAUACUCCAAGUGUAAUGCGGUGGUGCAGGAGAAGGAAAUGGAGAGACUAGAAACCCAAAACGCUGAAUACCGUGAGAAACUACUGCGAACCAUCCGAGAACGAGAUCUUAAUGAGGAACUGCUCAAAAAUGUCCAAAACCAGCACAAAAAAGAGUUGGAGACGCAGACACGACGAAUUCGAGAACUGGAAGUUCAACUGAAAUCAAAUACGGAUAAAUCGUUGGCUCAAGAGGCACAUUUUAAUGUAACCACUAAAGAAAUGACACAGAAAUAUACAAGUGCACUUCAGCAGGCGACAAAAAAAGCGGAUCAAAGUGAGAAGGAGAAGAACGAGGCAGUGGUGAAAUAUGCGAUGAGAGAAGGAGAAAUGAUGAAGUUAAAAGAGGAGAUCAAGACAAAAGAUGGACAUCUGAAAGCGUGUAAACUGGAACUGGAAGCAGCGAAACGGGCGCAGAGUCAAGAGAAUUUGGAUCAAUUGGAGAAAACGGUGCAGAAUUUGAAAGUGGAAAUGGAAAAGUUGAAACAUGAACGGUUCGAUUUCGAGAAUCGGAUGAAAAUUGCGGAGAAGAGAGUGGAGACUCUCACAGCGACGCUUACCGAAACCAAGCAACAAGGAGACGUCUUAAGAAAGCAAUUGAUAAAUGCAAAAGAUGAUAAGCAUUUGAUUCAGCAAUACGAAACAAAACUGCAAACAAGCACCGCUGACUUGGAACGACGUCUCCAAGAGUCCGAUCAACACUUGGAGAAAUUGCGUACUUCUCAAUUGGAUAUGGCAACGAAGUUUGAAGAAUCUUCGAGAGAGAACACGGAUCUUUUGUCAAAAAUCGAUAUUCUUCAGGAUCAGCUGAGUCUAGAAGAGGAUAGACGGAAAUUGUGUGAGGAGCAGAUAGAGCGAUUAAAAGGUGUCGAGAGUUUUGUGGAAAGUAGUAGUCAUCGAAUCGAAGAGACCGAAAAAGAGAAGAUGACAGCGGAGGAGGAGAAGGAGCAGGCAGAGUUGGAAGCGUCUGAAAUGAGGAGUCAAGUGGAGAACAUGCUGAAACUGACACAGGAGCUGACGGAGAGAAAUAUGGAAUUGCACAUGAAGCUGAAACUGGAAGAGGAUAAGGUGACCACCUCCAACUCCACUAUCGAAAAGCUCACCGCUGAACUCACCGAAAGCUAUGAAACGUGCAAAUCAUUUGAAGAAAAAAGCCAAAAAUUUAUGGAAGAAUUAGAGAAUUUAAAAUUGGAAGUGUCAAAACCGGUCACUUUAGAAAGUUUGGAAGAGAACUUCUAUCGGGAUAAAUACGAAGAAUGCGCCAAAAAAUUAGAAGAAAUUGAAGCCAAACUUGCCGAGGAGAAGAACAACUUCUCCGCGUAUAAAAAGAAAGCAAAUGCAUCACUAAAAGAGUUGAAAUCCGAGUUAUCCGGGUACCGUAAGACGAAUGGACAUGGAGAUUCUGGAAAUGGGGGUCACGGCGGAGGGGGUCUGGUGCCACCGACGUCUUCUGAUCCAUCGAUGUCGUCGAGAUCGAGGAAUAGUUCGAUUACUAGUAUUGAUCGGGUUACGAGUAACUCACGCGAGGAAGAUGCCAGCUCGGCAGCCGGCGAAGAAGCGAGACGACAGGAGAACGAAGAGCAGAAACAGAAUAUUCAACAGGUCAUGAUUGAUAAAAUAGUGAUUCUCCAGAGGAAAUUGGCACGAAGAACAGAGAAAUGCGAGUUUUUGGAAGAGCAUGUCAGACAGUGUCUGGAGGAGUUACAGAAGAAGACAAAAAUAAUCCAACAUUAUGCUUUGCGUGAGGAAGCCUCUCUUCUGAUGCCUUCUGAAGAGUCUAUGGAGAAGCUAUUCGCUAGUUGCGAAUUUGUGCAAGUUCCAGUGCUACGAAAGAGUAGUGCUUACGCUCUAAUGGGUGCCAUGUUCACUCUUUCCGGCAGUGAGAAGAAGCAGACUCAAAUAUUGACGGAAGUGAAUUCACGUCUUCAGGCCGUUCUAGAAGACGUCAUUCAACGGAAUAUUUGUAUGAGGAGCACCGUGGACACACUCACCGCCGACAACACUCGUCUCUCGCGUGAGAACCGACUACUCUGCUUAUCACAAGUCCGUCCACAAUCUCAGGAACAAUCUUAA